AUGCAGAACAUUCAACUUUCAUGCGAAUUACAACUUGAUAAAUUGACAGACUUGAUAGAGGAGAGGCAUAGGCUAAUAUCAACCCUUAACAUUCCACCAUCCACGGACGAUAAUAUCAGAUUAAAGACACUCCUGAAUAAGAUCAUUAGUAUACUGAACGAAAUAUGCGACUCACCCAUUGAGAAAAAGGAUGAUUUGGACACGUUCCAAGGUUACAUUGAUAGAUAUAAUGAGCUACUUACCCAAAUCGGGGGCAUGUCACUUGACCUAGACAUUUAUAGAUUUGAGAAGACCUUAAAACUAAUGGCAAACUCGUCUGAUGAGAUAAGUAGUACCACUAGCACGUCUACUUCAAAGAAAGUCAGGUUUGAUGAUGACAUACAGUACAAGGACGCUUCACCUUUACAGUCGCAAUUUCAACCAUACAAGGAUAAUCCAGACGAAGAACAAGAACAAGAAGAGUUAAGUCAGGAUAAGGCUCAAUUAUUCUCGUCAUUUCAUGCUAAUGAAACAAGUCGAUCCGACUAUCAAUCCUCUUCAUCUACGAAUUUAAUCUCGAAUCAGGAGCUUUUCAUUCAGCAGCAACAGAAAUUGAUGGAACAAGAUUCUCAUCUGGAUCACCUGUCAGGAUCUGUGCAAAGGUCUCAUGGGAUAUCUUUGGAUAUUAACAACGAGGUAACAAACCAAAAUGAAGAAUUACUAACAGAUUUGGAGAAUUUAGUGGACAAUAGUGGGAGAGGCCUGGAGAGAGCUAAACGUAGAUUGGAAAUAUUUGAAAAGACAGCAAGGGAUAACGGACCUUGCUUCACUAUUGUUGUUCUGAUAAUAAUACUGUUCUUCUUGCUUGUUAUCCUGUGA